UGAAACUUUUAUGUAUUAUCGUAUUUAAACGCGUCUACAACUAUACUAUUCGUUAAUACUGCAUCUUCUUCUGUCGAAAAUAAAAUAGCAUCGUCGCAAUUUUUUUACACGCAGAUGACGUAUGCGUAAAGAAAGAUACACUUUUGCGCGAUUCCACUUCGAGCAAAAUUCGCCAGUCGUCUUACGUGGCUGUCAUUUAACGGACGCUUCGGAAAAUUUUCGCGAGAAAAAAUGUUAAGAGGCAACGAAAAGCCUAAAAAUGCUAAAACACGCGUUACUAACGUAAUGUGCGACUACUGUUCCUGGAUCAGUGAGCUCUUGGCCAGAAUCAGCGCCGAGACGCGACUCAGGAAAAAGAAGAAGAAGCGGGUGGAUCCGAUUGUCAUUGUUCACGGAGGUGCCGGGAGAAUUCCCCGAGACGCACGGAAAUUUAUGCUCGACGAGGUGCAGAAGGCCGCAAUAGCGGCGUAUCGCGACCUGGUCGAAGGACGCUGUUCACUGGACGCGGUCGAGCGUGCGAUUUGUCACAUGGAGAGCAAGAAGUACUUCAAUUGUGCGUACGGAGGCUCCUUGGAUGCCAACGGGGAGGUUGUGAUGGAUGCUGCGAUAAUGACGAAUGAUCUCCGCGCGGGUUGCGUAGGUGCCGUUCGUAACAUAGCUCAUCCCAUAACGUUAGCCAAAUUAGUCCUGCAGCAAACGGAGCAUGUGCUGAUAGUCGAGGCUGGAGCGCAAAAAUUCGCCUUGGAGUCGGAUGUUCCUAUUUUACCACCCGGCCAGUUGAUCGUCACCUCUGACUCGAAAACGUCGUUGCACGAAGAAGGGAAUAACGGUAAAAGAUAGCAAACGUGGGAAAAAACGCGAACUUUUUAAAAAUAUUAAUCGCGAUACUGAUGAAGAAACGCAAGAUACGAGAAACACGCGAGAACAACAAGACGGGGACAAACAAUUCGAAAAGAAGGAAUGCAUACCGGGAUGUGUGAUUGAGAGACUCGGAGACAAGGAAGAAGGCGCUAUCCUCGAUGUCGCCGGAUUGGACGAGUCCUUGGAGGUCGAGCCUGAUUUUAUACAGGUUGAUGAACUUUUCUCCAAUUUCUACGACUUCCUAAAUUCAAAUCUUACGCCCGUAUCUAAUUUGAAGCUUUACACAUCACCUUAGACUUUAUUGCCCGUCCAAGCCUAUAGCUUAUGGAUGAGAGACGAAGAGAUAGAAGAGAGAAGUGUUUUUUAAAUACAAACUCUGAUUCUCUCUUUUCUCUCCCUUUCCUUCCCUUGGGAGAAUCUAAUAUACAUUCGCUCCGAAUAUUUUACGUAAUUAAAGUAUUUUUACAUUAUGAUUACUGUACGAAUAUUCGUAAUACUUCCAAAGAAAACUACACUUAGCUCGGCGCGGUCGGAGCAGUGGCGUACGACCGGAAGAAGCGUCUCGCCAGCGGAA